AUGUAUGUUCAUACCAAUGUGCAUUAGACCGUGGACUCCAUAGAUAGACCUGGAUGUAGUGACAGCACGCGUGACUCAAACACUCUCUAUAAAUUUGCUAUUAUCAUCAUGUGAAUGUAAACUUAAUAGCCGUUGGCAAUAUCUUGGUAUAUAUAUAAAAUUUAAGUUCAGCAUUGGGCAGGUCUCUAUUUUGAUUUGACGGACAAAGACGCAGUCGUAUUGCUGUAGAAACAAUAUGUGGAUUGCAGUAAUAGCAGGUGCUUGUAUCAUACUUAUCAUCACUAUACUGUUUUUACUGAGAGCUACAACCAACGGGACCUCGCUUCCUUUAUUCAGGGGACUCAGGAUGAGACGCUGGGUGGAACCCCGUGACACUGUGACAUGUCAAAGAAUCGUGGAUGACAUGAGGCGUGUGUGUGUAGAGUCAGUGGGUUCAGUCCCCACACACCCCAUGUUACACGGAGAUAUGGAGGCCUUGGGGAAGAGGAUUGUUAUGAUUAUCUAUCACCAAGAGAAACCAGUCAUGUUUAAUGCAAUUUUGAAGGUUGACGGCAUUGUAGGCUACGACGUCCCUAUUUUCUACGUUGGUUUGGUGAUGGUCGUAAAUCAGAUGAAACGAAAAGGUCUUCAGAAAAUCACUAUACUCAACGUUUUGUUACUUUUUCUCAACUAUCGCAUUACUACAUUUGACCUCACGGAUGCUGGUCGCUCUGCUAGUGGUCUCCGCCUAGCUAACGACUAUCUGGACAACCCAUACCCGAACUACAGGAAACCUGAUUUGACGCCAAGUUCAGAGCAGGUGCUUGUUGCCAAGCACGUAAUCCUCAAGCACAAACCAGACUUAGGUAGUAGUCCAGCUGCUACUUUAAAUGUCCAAUCUUUCGUGUUGGAAAAUACUCUGGCAGAAGAAAAAGGCGGCUCGGCACAACUGGUUAACGCAAUACAGGAUGGCAGGAGUAAAAAUGAUGAAAUCAACUCAUUUUUGAAGUCACGCGUUGGAGGCAUGCAAAAUGACGCAUUGUUCUGCAUCGGGAAAGCUAGGCUUAUUAGCGGAAUCCUUACUCUGGGAAAGAGGUUUUUUGAGAGAAAGCGGGUUUGACGCACUUUGAAUUUGAAUGAAAUAUUGAACCAACCACGCAACAGCUUUAACAUGAAAUCUUGCGGGCUAUAUAUAUGAAAUCAACACAUUUUUGAAGUCACAUGUUCGAGACAAAAUGACUCGUUGUUUUGCAUCAAGAAGCCUGGGCUUGUAAGCCUAAUCUUUUCACUGGGAAUGAUCAGGUUUGUUAAAAGGGAGAUGAUUUGGAUAUUAUGAACAUAGCCAACAUGAGGCAGUAUUUCUUGUUCUGGAAAUUCCUUGAGGAAAUUGGUGAUAACAAUGCCUGAUAUGACGGCUGGAGUAGAACAUUAGAAUUAUUGCAUUUAUGACAUCACAGAAAGGAUAUCUACCCAUUGAU